AUGAAUAACAAUUCUGAUAAACCUAUUGCCCCAAACCAACAACCUAUGGCAGGAAAUAGACAAGCUCCAGGCGCGGUGCAGCCGCCGCGCCCUCAACCUCCUCAACAACCUCCGCAACAACAAUAUUCCCAAGCGGAUCUCAACAAGAUUGUCCUUGAAUACUUGAACAAAAAAGGGUACCAUAAGACAGAAAUGAUGUUGCGAAAUGAGAGUGCAGGGGUGCCAAUCGGAUUCAAUCAACAAUUCCCAGUAACUGCUGCCAACGCUGGGAUUCCUAACACCCAACCAGUGAUGAUUCGACAGCAACAACAGCAGAAACCUUCGAAUACCCCUUUCAAAAUCGUUGCUGAGAAGUCGCAAACUAGUGAUAUGCUUUCUGAUAUUGAUGGCCAAGCAAAGGACCCGAAUUUGUACUUCAAAGGUUACAAAAUCCUUCGCGACUGGAUCAACUCGUCGUUAGAUUUGUAUAAGCCCCAAUUACUCAAAUUGUUAUAUCCAAUUUUCGUGAAUUGUUUUAUUGAUUUGAUCAAUCUCAAAAAGACAAAAUUAACUUUAGAAUUUUUCAACAAGUUCAAGGACGACCAUAUUAUUUCCCACGGUAAAGAGAUUGUGGAAAUGUCGGCCAUCUCUUUAGUGGAUCACUUGAAAUUGAGUGGGAUUAUGAAAAAUUUCCGUGAAAGGAAGUAUAAGGUUAAAAUUUCAUCUGUUUGUGUGUAUUUGUUGUUGUUUUUUCUUAACGAAAAUAAAAACGUGGGUGGUGAUUUGAUUAUCCGGUUGAUCAAUCAACAUAUCGAUUUAGAAAUUUCUACUGAUAAACUAGGAUUCAAUAACAGAUCAGCUUUAGACCCAGACGAAGGGAUUCCUGAAUUUAAUGAAUCAAACAUCGAAGAAUUUAACUCAAAGGAAUUGAAACUCGGGAGGUUGCCAAGAGAUGAGAACUUUGAUAAGGAGAUUGAAAACGAAUUGAGAAUGAAAGAUGAGAAAGAAGCAGCUAAAAAGAAGUCAAUCAAAACCUCUCUUGUUGAAGAAUUCCAGAAAAUAAAAUCAGAAAAUCCUAACCCAACUGCCACUGAACAAGUACAAGUUGAUGAAAACAAUCUGAUUGUUGAUGACGGGAGUGAUAUGGAUAAAAUUAGUGAUGGAAUAAUAUUUGACAGUUUGAAAAAAAAUGACCCGAAUUUUGAAAGUCCAUCGAAAGAUGCUUUGCCAAUUCCUCCAAAGACCAUUUUUGACUUGAAGAAAGAAGUCCAAAUAGUGCAAGACUCGCGUUCUCGAUUGAAGCUUUCUUUUGAAAAAAAUCAAUUUUCGCCUCCUUCUAUUUGCAUGUACACAUUCCACAACUCUCUUGAUGAAAUCACUUGUUUGGAAUUCAAUGAGAAUAGUAAUCUAGUGGCUGCCGGAUUUGAAGAUUCUUAUAUCAAAUUGUGGUCGAUUGAUGGUAAUCCUUUGAAAUCGAUCAUCAAAAAUGAUCCGCAAAACAAACUGAAUACCAGAAGAUUAAUUGGCCAUUCAGGUACAGUGUACAGUUUAAGUUUCUCUCCAGAUGGGAACUAUCUCCUAUCUGCAUCGGAGGACGGUACGGUACGUUUAUGGUCAUUGGACACAUACACUUGUCUUGUGAUUUACAAAUCUCAUAAUGAUCCGGUUUGGGACGUGAAAUUCUCACCAUUUGGUCACUAUUUCGUGACUGCGUCUCAUGAUACCACCGCAAGAUUAUGGUCGGUGGACCAUAUUUACCCUCUUCGACUCUUUGUUGGCCACAUGAGUGAUGUUGAUUGCGUUGCGUGGUUUCCUAAUGCUUGCUACUGUUUCACCGGGUCUCUGGAUAAAACUAUCAGAAUGUGGGAUAUUCUCAAAGGUGAAUGUGUCAGACUUUUUGUCGGACAUAGUAGCGCAAUUAAUGCGUUAGCGGUUCAUCCAAGGGGCAGACUUUUGGCUAGUGCUGGUGAAGACUCAAUGAUUCAUUUGUGGGAUAUUUCUCACGGAAGAUUACUCAAAUCGAUGCGUGGACACUCCCAAAAAUGCUCGAUUUAUUCAUUAGAUUUUUCUAAAGACGGUAAUGUCCUCGUUAGUGGUGGCAGUGAUAAUUCCGUACGGAUUUGGGACGUAAAGAAAAACUCCGAGCUUCAAUUAUCUGAACCAGAACCAUUUUUCAAUAACGUUGAUGAAAACGCCAGUAUUUCCAAUGACGUUUCCAAGCAAGUGGUAUCUAACAAAAACGGGACCACCGGGGGUGGACCGGGAAAUAAUGGCGGCAAUGGCGGUGCCAGUGGUAGUGCCAAUGAAGGAGGAAGGAAGAAAAACAAGGAACUUGGAUCGUGUACCAAUGAUCACGUUGGUGCGUAUUUCACCAAGCAAACCAGUGUAUUCAAAGUUCACUUCACUAGAAGAAACUUGUGUUUAGCUGCAGGUAUUUUCUCUAGUGGUGAUAAAUAUAACGGCAGUGGUUGA